AUGAUUUAUCCUUUAUUUCUCUUUUGUUUCAUCUAUAUUUUUAAUAAUAUCAAUGCUGCCAAUGUUCAUUAUCCAGCAAUAUUUAUUCCGGGUGAUGGUGGUUCACAAAUUUGGGCACGAUUAAAUCGUACACUUCCUCCACCACAUUUUUUUUGUAGUCGUCAUUCAGAUUGGUUUGAAUUAUGGCUUGAUCUUCGUCUUAUAAUUCCUGAAGUUAUUGAUUGUUUUGUUGAUAAUAUGCGUUUAACAUAUAAUGAAACAACGAAAAAAACAUCGAAUUUAGAAGGUGUAGAAACACAAAUACCAGGCUUUGGAAAUACAUCUACUGUUGAAUACUUUGACGCAUCUGGUUUUCCUUAUUCAUCAUAUUUUGCACCAAUCGUAAGAAGUCUUGUGACACUUGGUUAUACACGUGGUGUUAAUCUACGCGGAGCUCCAUAUGAUUUUCGUCGAGGUUUAGAUGAACAAAAUGAAUUUUUUGAUAAUUUUACUCAAUUGGUCAAAGAUACAUAUGAAUUAAAUAAUCAAACAAAAAUUGUACUUGUAACUCAUAGUAUGGGAGGCCCGUUUGCUUUAUAUUGGCUUCAUCGACAAACACCCGAUUUUAAAGCUAAAUAUAUUCGUUCAAUGAUUAAUAUUGCUGCACCAUGGGGUGGUGCUAUAAAAGCACUUCGACUAAUGAUUAGUGGAGAUAAUAUUGAUGUAUAUGUUGUUUCACCUAUUCGUGUUCGUCCUUAUCAACGAUCUGCACCUUCAACUGCAUUUGUGAUGCCAAGUAUUAAUUUUUGGAAUAAAGAUGAAAUUGUUGUUGUUUCACCAAAACGUAAUUAUACAGUUAAUGAUUAUGAAGCACUUUUUAAUGAUUUAGAAUUUCCAACUGGUUAUGCUUAUUGGAUAAAUAAUAAAGAUUUAGUUGAUGAAUUAAAACCGCCUGAUAUUGAAUUACAUGAAAUAUAUGGUAGUCAAAUGCCAACACCAGGUGUACUUUUAUAUGAUAAUCGUACAUUUCCUGAUUUACAACCAAUUGUUUUACCAGAUAAUGGUGAUGGUACAGUUAAUAUACGAAGUUUACUUGGAUUUAAAAAUUGGGAAAAUAAACAAAAACAAGAUAUACAUAGUUUAGAAAUACAUGGUGUUGAACAUUUAGCUAUUUUAAAACAUCCAACAACAAUCAAUUAUGUUACUCAAGUACUUACUGGUCAAUUUGAUAAAAAAUCAGACUAA